CCGAAGCUGCUCCACUUUUGUCCGCCCGAGCUGAGAGCGAAGGAGACGCCGCUUGUCGCGCCCGCAGCUCUGCUUAACAGGGGCUUUUCUGAUGAAAUGAUGGUUCUUUACUUGGACCAGUUUGUUCAUUUCCCACUCAUACUUUUGUACCAUUGGACGGUCGCAACUUUAUCCCUGAAUCUUGAGGAUCCAAAUGUGUGUAGCCACUGGGAGAGUUAUUCUGUUACAGUGCAAGAAUCCUAUCCUCAUCCCUUUGAUCAGAUUUACUACACCAGCUGUACAGACAUACUGAAUUGGUUUAAAUGCACACGACACAGAAUCAGUUACCGAACUGCCUACAGACAUGGAGAAAAAACUAUGUACAGACGGAAAUCACAGUGUUGUCCUGGGUUUUAUGAAAGCAGGGAAAUGUGUAUCCCUCACUGUGCUGAUAAAUGUAUCCAUGGCCGUUGUAUUGCUCCAAACACCUGUCAGUGUGAGCCUGGCUGGGGUGGACCCAACUGCUCCAGUGCAUGUGACAGUUACCAUUGGGGACCCCACUGCACUAGUCGCUGCCAAUGCAAAAAUGGAGCCUUGUGUAACCCCAUCACUGGAGCCUGCCACUGUGCUGCUGGAUUCAAGGGAUGGCGCUGUGAGGAACACUGUGACCAAGGAACAUAUGGAAAUGAUUGCCACCAGAAAUGCCAGUGUCAGAAUGGAGCCACUUGUGAUCAUGUGACUGGAGAAUGCAGAUGCCCUCCUGGAUACACUGGAGCAUUCUGUGAGGAUCUCUGUCCCCCUGGCAAGCAUGGUCCACAAUGUGAAGAAAGAUGUCCAUGCCAGAAUGGAGGAGUGUGUCAUCAUGUAACUGGGGAAUGUGCCUGUCCACCUGGAUGGAUGGGCACAGUCUGUGGUCAGCCUUGUCCUGAAGGACGCUAUGGAAAAAACUGCUCCCAAGAAUGUCAGUGCCACAAUGGAGGGACCUGUGACUUAGCAACAGGUCAAUGUCACUGCAGCCCAGGAUACAUAGGUGAACGGUGUCAGGACGAAUGUCCAGUAGGAACUUUCGGAGUAAAAUGUGCAGAGACCUGCCAAUGCAUGAAUGGUGGAAAGUGCUAUCACAUUAGUGGUGCAUGUCUUUGUGAGCCAGGAUUUACAGGAGAACACUGUGAAACAAGGCUGUGCAACGAAGGUGUCUACGGUAUCAAAUGUGACAAAAGAUGUCCCUGUCAUUUGCCAAAUACUCACAGCUGUCAUCCAAUGUCUGGAGAAUGCUCGUGCAAGCCCGGCUGGUCUGGACUCUACUGUAAUGAGACAUGUUCCCCAGGAUUCUAUGGUGAAUCUUGUCAACAGAUCUGCAGUUGCCAAAAUGGUGCUGAUUGUGAUAGCGUGACUGGAAAAUGCAUCUGUGCCCCAGGAUUUAAGGCUUCUGAUUGUUCUAUUGCUUGCCCACUUGGAACAUAUGGAGUAAAAUGUUCAUCUACAUGCAACUGCAAAAAUGAGGCCAACUGUUCCCCAGUGGAUGGUUCUUGUACCUGCAAAGCAGGUUGGCAUGGAGUGGACUGCUCUAUCAACUGCCCUAGUGGGACAUGGGGUCUUGGCUGUAAUUUAACGUGCCAGUGUCUUAAUGGAGGAGCUUGUAAUACUCUAGAUGGAACUUGCACCUGUGCUCCAGGAUGGAGAGGAGAAAAAUGUGAACACCCUUGUCAGGAUGGCACAUAUGGGUUGGAUUGUGCAGAACGCUGUGACUGCAGCCAUGCAGAUGGCUGUCACCCAACUACUGGCUACUGCCGCUGCCUCCCAGGAUGGUCAGGUAUGCGUUGUGAUAGCGUAUGUGCUGAAGGACACUGGGGUCCAAAUUGUUCAUUGUCCUGUUACUGUAAAAAUGGAGCAUCAUGUUCUCCAGAUGAAGGAAUUUGUGAAUGUGCACCUGGCUACAGAGGCACUACUUGCCAAAGAAUUUGCUCUCCGGGAUUUUAUGGUCAUCGCUGUAGUCAGGCAUGCCCCCAGUGUGUGCACAGCAGUGGUCCAUGCCACCAUGUGACUGGUCUGUGUGAUUGUUUACCUGGUUUCACAGGAGCUCUCUGCAAUGAAGUCUGUCCUAGUGGCAGAUUUGGGAAGAACUGUGCAGGAAUCUGCACAUGUACCAAUAAUGGAACUUGUAAUCCAAUUGACAGAUCUUGUCAAUGUUAUCCUGGCUGGAUUGGUAGUGACUGUUCUCAGCCUUGCCCUCCUUCACAAUGGGGCCCAAAUUGUAUCCAUACCUGCAAUUGCCAUAAUGGAGCUCGCUGCAGUGCCUAUGAUGGGGAGUGCAAAUGUACACCAGGGUGGACUGGUCUUUACUGUACACAAAGAUGCCCUUUGGGGUUUUAUGGAAAGGACUGUGCAUUAAUUUGCCAGUGUCAGAAUGGAGCUGACUGUGAUCACAUCUCAGGGCAAUGCACAUGCCGUACAGGAUUCAUGGGGAAACACUGCGAACAGAAGUGCCCCCCAGGUACAUAUGGGUAUGGCUGCCGGCAAAUAUGUGACUGUCUGAACAACUCAACUUGUGACCACAUCACUGGAACCUGUUAUUGCAGCCCUGGCUGGAAAGGAGCAAGAUGUGAUCAAGCUGGGGUAAUCAUAGUAGGAAAUUUGAACAGUUUAAGCCGUACUAGUGCUGCUAUCCCUGCUGAUUCUUACCAGAUUGGGGCCAUUGCCGGCAUCAUUAUUCUUGUCCUCGUUGUCCUCUUCCUGCUAGCACUAUUCAUCAUUUAUAGACAAAAACAAAAGGUGAAAGAAACAAAUAUGCCAGCAGUUACCUAUACACCUGCAAUGAGGGUCAUCAAUGCAGACUACACCAUUUCAGAAACCAUUCCUCACAGUAAUGGUGGAAAUGCUAAUAGUCACUACUUCUCCAACCCAAGCUAUCACACUCUAACACAAUGCUCAAACUCAGCAAAUGCCAACAACAUGGACAGAAUGACCCUAGCAAAGUCAAACACCAAUCAACUGUUUGUGAAUCUUAAGAAUGUGGAUCCUGGGAAGCGAGGCCCUGUCAUGGACUACACAGGAACAUUGCCUGCUGACUGGAAGCAUGGAGGCUACCUCAAUGAGCUUGGGGCUGUUGGAAUUGACAGAAGUUGUGUGGGCAAAUCUCUGAAAGAUCUAGUGAAAAAUUCUGAAUACAAUUUAAGUAACUGCUCCUUAAGUAGCUCUGAAAAUCCAUAUGCUACUAUUAAAGAUCCACCAGCACUCACACCAAAAAAUUCAGAAUGUGGAUAUGUCGAAAUGAAGUCACCAGCACGCAGGGACUCUGCCUAUGCAGAAAUUAGUAACUCUGCUUCAACCAACAAGAACGUGUAUGAAGUUGAGCCUACAGUCAGUGUUAUCCAAGGAGCAUUGAGUAACAAUGGACCUUUCAGCCAAGAUCUCUAUGAUCUACCAAAAAACAGCCACAUUCCUUGCCAUUAUGACCUGCUACCUGUUCGGGAUAGUCCUGCAUCUUCAGAGAAAGAAGAUAGUAGCGAAUGACACCAGACGAGCAUUCUGGAACACAGUUGAGCUCUUAUGUGGAGCUGGGAUCUAGUUAUCCUCUUUCUUCUAUUUGGGCCGUCUCCAUUCAGUAAACAUUUGCUGUACAUUAAUGAGGAGAAUUAAACUGUGGUUUUCAUACACUCAUGGCAGAUGGAUAGUUGCCAAGUUUGGAAGACACUGUCAGAUUUUCCAUUGCAAUUAUAUAUAUUUUUAGAGAAACAAAUGCCAAACACUUAUGCUGUAAUUUACUGGCUCAAUGGUAAGAGCUUGCAGAAUACUUCUUGUGCCAAGUGUAUUGCUGUUCCUCACAAAGGAUGACCAUUUUUUUCACUAGAUCAACUGGCAUAAUUGACACACAGCCAAGACUGUACAACCUACCAAAUACUCACUGAGCAAGUCAUUUGAAUUAUUUGUUACCUUGGUGGGGCAGGGGAGAGAAAGCAAUGAGUUAUUGCUUUUUCCUCAUGUCAUUAUAUACCCCCUUGGCCAAGACAUGUAAGGAGAUACAGUCUGCUAGAGCAUAACUAACUACGGUGCUGGAUUGACUUGGGAAAGACAAGACAAGAUAUCUACUCCAUUGCUGGUAAUGGGAAUACAAUACAGGAAUUGUUUUGAAUGCGAGAGAAGCCCUGGAUGAAUAUGCCUAAAGAGCCGUGUUGUGAAAUGGGAUUUGGCACUGGUUCUUGCCAAAUCCAUGGGCACUAUUGAGGCGCAUAGUUCGUAGUUCUGACUACAAUAUUUGCUAUAUGCAAGUAAUGAUUCAUAACAUAUCAAUAAUUGUUUCAUAAACAUGUAAGUAAAAUGGUUUAUUUUUGUCAAAAUGGAUUGAAUGAGUGGGUGAGAGAAGGAUAAAUAUAGUAUAUGUUGUACAUUUUAAGUGCAAGAAAAGGCUUACGUUUAUAAACAAGUAGCACUAUUAUUGUAAUAUGGAAUAAGAAUAGUACCGUGUUUGAUUUUUUAUUCACCUGAAAUCAACUGAUCAAUCUUUGUGCAGUAACAAUCUUUGUUAAACAGACACAAUUGAUUACAUUAAAUCAAUUCCUUUUAUAACUGAUUUAGGGAAAAUAUGCUUAAGCUGGUCUUUUGCAUUGCCAAUAAUCUGGCACAUGUACCCUACAUUUCAUUAACGUGUAUCUCUAUUUUAAAAUAAUGUAGAUAUGUUUUCUAGUGAUUUAGAAUAACAGUGCACAAAUAUUGUAUUUUAUGUCCCUUGUAUUUUUAUCAACUCCCUGCCUCCCAGUUUUGUCUGAUUUAGGAACAC